CCCGCGUCAUUAACAUGCGCCUGUUCUCCGUCAGGUGGUAUGUGGUCAGAUCAGUCAGUCGUCAACGGGCGAAGGGCACAGUGUGUGUUACACAGUGUGUGUUAGUGUCUCAGCUUCAUUCAUCAAUACGCAGUUUGUCCGGUUGUCGACUGAAGCAGUGAAGGACGGGUCUUCUCGGUGUGAUACCAGCCGGUGUUAAUGAUGACGACACAGUUUAACAGACAGGAUUAACCAGAGGAAAGAGAGAGAAGCUGGAAACUAUGGCGACGGUGAUCUGUUGAAGAGAUUUCCCCUGACAGACCCUACACUUCUGUGACUCUAACAGUUUAGAUUGUCUUCCAUGGAUGUGUCAGAUUCCUGACUGAGCAGGAAGUAUGACAUCUGAGGCUGCUGUCUCCACAUCUCCUGCCAUCAGCAGCAGCAGAAGCAGCAGCCCUGCCAAGAAGAGGGACUACCACUUUCUUCGCUCCUUUGCAGCUGGAGGUGUUGCAGGAUGCUGCGCCAAGACUACCAUUGCUCCUCUGGACAGAAUCAAGAUUCUUCUUCAAGCCCAGAACCCCCAUUACAAACAUCUAGGAGUGCUUGCUACUUUCAGAGCUGUGCCACAGAAAGAAGGCUUCCUUGGCUUGUACAAGGGUAACGGGGCGAUGAUGGUCAGGAUAUUUCCUUAUGGAGCAAUCCAGUUCAUGGCCUUUGACAAAUACAAGAAGGUGCUAAGUAAACAGAUUGGGAUCUCUGGACACAUCCACCGCCUCCUGGCAGGUUCUAUGGCUGGGAUGACUGCGGUGAUAUGCACCUACCCUCUGGAUGUGAUCCGAGCCAGACUGGCCUUCCAGGUGACAGGAGAGCAUCGCUACACUGGAAUUGCCAAUGCCUUCCACACCAUCUACCUUAAGGAGGGGGUCAAAAAAGGCUUCUACAGGGGACUUACUCCAACUCUUAUUGGGAUGGCCCCUUAUGCAGGUUUCUCAUUUUUCACCUUUGGCACCCUGAAGAGCCUCGGCUUGAAACACUUCCCAGAGCAGCUGGGACGCCCGUCCUCAGACAACCCCGAUGUCCUCAUCCUGAAAACCCACGUGAACCUGCUCUGCGGCGGGAUCGCCGGUGCCAUCGCUCAGACAAUAUCGUACCCCUUGGAUGUGGCUAGGAGAAGAAUGCAGUUAGGAACCGUGCUUCCUGACUCUGAUAAAUGUUCUUCACUGAAAAAGACUCUGACGUACGUGUAUACGGAGUACGGGAUCAAGAAGGGAUUGUACCGAGGCCUUUCUCUCAACUACAUCCGCUGCGUCCCCUCCCAGGCCGUGGCCUUUACCACCUAUGAGUUCAUGAAGCAGACCUUCCACCUGAACUAGUCGCGGUUUUUAUACCUCCCGAGUCUGUUCCCGGGCCCGUCCGCCCCGAGUCAUUCAAGCAGAUCCACCUCAAUGCUUCCAUCGUAGAGUGAUCUGAAGCUCACUCGCUACGUCUUAAACUCCUCAGUGUGGGAAUCGCCUUUUCCUCGAGUUCACCGAAGACACCAGGGAAGUCAGUUCAUGCUGAAAAAAAGGAAAACUGGACAUCAGACAGUAAGGCACUCCAUGUCUGUCCUGUUUCAUUCCCUCUUACUUCCUGCUUUGUGAUGAGAAGAUUUACUCCAACUUUUUGAGCAACUCCCUCAUCAAUGGAUACAGCAGGUCAGCGGCUCGGGGCAAUGAUAUGCUCUUUAACCGUGUUGUCGGCUACACCACAACAAACCUCUGAUUGUGUAGAAGCCCCCUCGUUCACACAGAUGUCCUCGUACUCUCGCUUGUCUUUUCCUAUCUCAUGACCCGUCUCGGUGAUUUUAAGACGGACACCAGCUUAAAAUGAUCAAAUGAUCAGUUUCUUUCUUUCUAAUCUUUACCAAGAAGUGAACUCAUCAAUAUGCAUUUAUUUGAAUAGUAUAUAACCCCUAAAAACACUUACAUUUUUUAUUGUUUCACAUCUUCUUCUUUUUACUGGCUUGGUGAUGAAAGGCUUGGCUAUUGUUGAAAUGUGGCUGCUGGAGUUUUUUUAAAUAAUGUGAUGAUUUAAAUCUAGUCUUUAAAUUUACAGUGUCGGUUUAGGGUGCAGUAACUUUAGGAGAAGUUUCUGUUUGUGCGUCUUUGCCUUUGUUCUCUACGCAGAUCUAAAAUCAAUAUAAUUAACCUGCAGGUUUUUGUUGUUUGUUUUUUAAAGAUGCAGUGACCGAGGUGGCAUAUGAGUUCAGUUUAAGACUACUUAACAUUUCAUUGCCAAACCUUGAAUUAGAGCAGUUACUUUAUGUAUUUUCAAUUGUGGAAAAAUCUUUAAAAGUUUUUUUAUGUUUGUUAAUGUGCACUCAGAUUUUGUUUUUAGUCUGUAGCUAUUAUUGAAUUAUGUACAUGUUUUCUCAGCUGUGAUCAGAAAGAUAUUUUGAGCUUAAGAUGGGACUCAGGAGAAAUUUGCACUUCAUCACUGUUGUUUUUUUCUUCAUUUAUUUAUUGAUUUAGCGACUUGUUGCCACUGGGUGGCAGCAUUGAAUAUCAAUUGUAUCGUUUACCAUCAGAGCUGGACACAACAUUGACAUUUAACACGUCUGUCUACAAAGCCAGUUGUCAGAUAGUGAGUAUAAUAUAUGCAGUGGUUCUAACCCAGUUCAGCCAAAAUGUUCAACUACUUGCUAGUGCUACUGAAUGGCUUUUUACAUUUAUUGUCCCAGAUGGCUCAACAUUAAUUACUGAAUGAAGUUUCAUUUUUUCAAUUUAUUCUUUCAGCCUCUUGCCUUCCUCUGCUUACUUACGAUGUCUUACUUCACCAGAGAGAUUAAUGUGUUUUAAUUGGAGUUUCUUCUUCACACACCUCAGUUGAUGCCUCAGCUUUUAGAUCGCUGUAUAUGAAUGAGGGGGAAUUGCAAAGAGCAGAUGCUUUCCAACCUUCUUGUCCUGUGACACUUCAUCCGACCACUCAUCACAGUUUGCAUAUAUCCACCAACGAGGGAUUUUUUUCCUUUCUAAACUCCUCAUAUUGUUUCAAUUGAAUAAUUGCUGGAGGCCUGAAGAGGUAAAACUAUCCAAUAUUUCACAAAAAAAAUGUGACGAAAGUCCAAACACAAUCCA